UACUCCUCUUCGUUUAUCUUUCAUCACAGCCAAUGCUGGUGACGUAUGUGCUUUGUUGGCUGUAAGCUGUAUGCUCUUUUCUUUCACGAACACCGCAAACGGCUUAAUCUACUCCCUGGAAAUCAGAAGGGUAUAUUUGUAACCCCAAUGCGAUUUGGUUUACGUUUCGUUGGAAUAUAAAUCGAGAGAAAAAGAAAAAAAAAAUGGAAUCACGAAUGAAAAGCAAGUCAUUGAAAAGGUAUGUGUUCGCCAUCAUUUUAAUCUCUGUGCUGAAAACAUCAUCUUGUGUUACUCAUUAUUCUAUACCUGAAGAAUUGGACGUGGGCUUUAUAGUGGCUAAUUUUGCAAAUGAUCUGGGAUUAGAUGUUGAAACAUUAAGUAGACGCAAGAUUCGUCUCGACACUAUCGCAAAUAAAAAAUAUCUGGAUAUUAGCAAAGAAACGGGAGAGCUGUUUAUUGUGGAGAGAAUCGACCGCGAGCACAUAUGCACAACUAAGGCAGCAGCAGCGUGUGUUCUUAAACUGGAUGCCACGAUCGAAAACCCUGUGAGAAUGUUUAAUAUCGAGUUGGAAAUUCUUGAUAUUAACGACAAUGCUCCACAUUUUAGAAGGGACACAAUGCAUUUGGACAUUUCGGAGUCAACGCCUGUGGGAGAAAGAUUCUCCUUAAACAAUGCAGUUGAUCCUGAUAUCGGAGUUAAUUCGAUUAAAACGUAUUAUCUCAGUGAAAGCGAUCAUUUUUCAAUCGAGAUUCAGACCGGGCGGGAUGGAUCAAAAUUCACUGAUUUGAUUCUUACAAAGGCUUUGGAUAGAGAAGAACAGGCCAUACAUAAUCUGAUACUCACUGCUGUGGAUGGAGGAGUCCCCGCGCGCUCUGGCACUGCUAGUAUUAUUGUGCGCGUUCUUGACACUAAUGACAACGCCCCUCAAUUCGAUGAAGACAGUUAUACUAUAAACCUAACAGAAAACGCGCCAACUGGAAGCCUUGUCGUGAAAUUAAACGCGACAGAUAAAGACGAGGGCUCAAAUUCAGAUAUACUUUAUUCAUAUAGUCUGUACACUUCAGAAAAAACACAGCAAACAUUCAGUCUGAAUCCUGACAAUGGAGAAAUUAGAGUAAAAGAGAUGAUUAAUUAUGAGGAUUUCAGGAUCUAUGAUAUGGAAAUUAUAGCAACAGAUAAAGGAUCUAAUAGUCUCUCUGGAAAGUGUAAAGUUAAGAUUUUAAUCACAGAUAUGAAUGACAAUCAUCCUGAAAUUUCUAUAAAAUCAUUCACAAGUCCAGUAAAAGAGGAUAUAGCUGUAAAUACAGUAAUUGCAGUUGUUAGUGUGAGUGAUAAAGACUCAGGAGAAAAUGGGCAGGUAGAUAUUCAUAUUUCUGAUGAUUUACCUUUUGCGCUCAAAGAAUCGUCUGAUAAUUAUUAUGAAUUAUUAGUUUCAGAACCGUUAGACCGUGAAAAUGUUCCAGAAUAUGACAUCACUAUUACCGUUACUGACAGGGGCAACCCGCCGUUAUCUGAUAAUGAAACUAUAACUUUAGAGCUGCUGGACAUUAACGACAAUGUUCCUCAGUUCCCGCAGACCUUCUACACGAUACCUGUUAUGGAGAAUAACGCGCCUGGAGCUUUACUGAGCUCUUUAACUGCUAUAGACCCAGAUCUCCAUGAAAAUCAGUAUCUAGUUUACUUUAUCAUAGAGAAGGAAAUAGUGAACACCUCCAUGUCCAUGCUGUUCUCCAUUAACCCAGAGAACGGCAAUCUUUACGCGCUAAAGACGUUUGACUAUGAGAUAGAGAAGGAGUUUCUUUUCCACAUCGAGGCCAGAGACUCUGGUGUUCCUCCGCUCAGCAGUAACGUGACUGUUCACAUUAUUAUCAUGGAUCAGAACGACAACACGCCGCUUAUAGUGUCUCCAUGGCGCGCGCACGGCUCGGUGGUGGAGGAAAAGAUCCCGAGAUCCACCGAUAAAGGGACUCUGAUAGCCAAAGUCAUCGCCAUAGACUCUGAUUCAGUGCACAACUCUCGAAUCACGUACCAGUUUCUCCACAACACUGACGCCACGUUAUUCAGCUUGGAUCAAUAUAACGGAGAGAUCCGGACCAUGAGGAUGUUCAGUUACAGAGACUCGCGCCACCAGCAGCUGGUUGUGAUCGCCAAGGACAACGGAGAGCCCGCGCUCUCUGCUACAGUCACCAUCAAACUGUCCACGGUGGAGACCGCCCUUAAAACCUAUGCUGACAUGACUGAGGUUCCUUUGGGAUAUGACAUCUUCUCCGAUUUAAACCUGUAUCUGGUGAUCGGACUGGGCUCCGUUUCAUUUCUUUUACUCAUCACUAUUUUGGUCACCAUCGUGCUGAAGUGUCAGAAAACGAAGCCCAGCAAAGCGGCUCCUCCGUGCAGGAACAGUGUGAUCAGUGAGAGGAACUCGACCAUCGCGGAUUCCACUCUGGUCUCCAACGAUGCCUACUGGUACAGUUUAUUUCUAGCAGAGACCAGGAAAGGAAAGCUGGUGGUUAGACAGCCUGUGCCAAAGGGAGCGAGAUAUGUCGUGUCCAGUUUACCGAGGAGCACAGGACUGACCGAGACCAGCGACUCAGCUGCUUCUACUCUACAGGUAAAAUAAUCCGUUCAAUAAUCU